AACUUCAUUUCACGCGCAAUUACCCUUGCACGACCCCCUCACAGACCAAACACCCUUCCCCAAAACCCGUUUCCACAUUCGGAGCUCCGCCUCCGACACCCAAACCCUCCCAAAAUCCGCUAACCAACGCAUUGCCCACAAUCUCUGCUCCUUAGGCUUCACCGAAGAUUGAAGAUUCCCCAAACCCAAACCUGAGCCCAAAUGCCGGAGAAAUAUUCAUCCCUCUGUCCCAACAAUUACCAAACUCCGGGUCGGACACACUCUCGGUACGAGCUGGUCCACUCCCGAGAACCCGGUUCCGCCAUAACCAAAUACCACCAACUGAGGCGCGAGGUAAUUAUGCAGAAGAAGGAGAAGAAAGCGCCGACAUUGGCGGAGCAGAGCUUGAACGAGGAAGAAGCUGAAGGUAAAGAAGGCAGGGAUUGUUAACGGAAUUCACGAGCGGUGGAGGCACUAUGAGGUCGUGAAGAUCGUGUGUGAGGAUUUGUGUCGGAUGAACAUGAAGAGGACUCAUGAAUUAUUGGAGGCCAUGACAGGAAAUUUCAUUAAGGAGCUUGGUGGGGGAGGAUUUGGCACAGUUUUUGAAGGGACUCUAAUUGACGGCACUAAGGUUGCAGUGAAGCGUCUUGAUGGUUUGAGUCAAAUCGAAAAAUCAUUUUUAGCUGAGGUUGAGACAAUUGGCCGCACUCACCAUCUCAACUUGGUAAGACUGAUUGGAUUUUGUGCUGAAAAAUUUCAUAAGCUUCUUGUUUAUGAAUACAUGUCUAAUGGGUCUUUAGAUAAAUGGAUAUUUCACAAAAAUAUUGAGAUGUCACUUGAUUGGCAACAUAAAAAGAAGAUCACUCUUGACAUAGCAAGGGGAAUAACUUAUUUGCAUGAGGAAUGUAGGCAGAAGAUUGUUCGCAUGGAUAUAAAACCCCAUAACAUCCUCUUGGAUGAGAACUUUAAUGCAAAAGUCUCUGAUUUUGGAUUGUCUAAACUAGUUGAUCAUGACCAGAGCCAAGUUGUGACAACUAUGAGAGGGACUCCUGGUUAUAUGGCUCCAGAAUGGUUGAGUUUAGUAAUUACAGAAAAAGUAGAUGUUUAUAGCUUUGGAAUAGUGCUAUUGGAGAUAUUGUGUGGAAGGAGAAACUUUGAUCGCUCUCAACCAGAGGAAGCAAUGCAUCUAAUUGAUUUAUUUAAGAAAAAGUUUAAGGAGGACAGAUUGUUGGAUUUGGUUGAUAAGUAUAGUGAAGAUAUGCACUUGCAUGGAGAAGAAGUUGUGAAUAUGAUGCGGGUUGCAGCAUGGUGUUUGCAAAAUGAUUUCACAAAGAGGCCUUCUAUGUCCAUGGUGGUUAAGGUCUUUGAAGGUGUUAUGAAUGUUGAAUUAGACCUAGAUUAUUUCUUCUCAAAUGCACCUUUACUAAACGCAAGAGCUGGAGUUGAUAACCAGGAAGUGCAUAUUGUUGCAGCUACUCCAUUAUUGCCUUCAAUUCUAUCAGGACCACGAUGAUUGUUCACUAUACAAUCUUUUGUUGCUCACUAUACAAUCUUUUGUUGCUUGACAAACGAGGUGGUUGCUGAACAAGCUUGAGCAAUACAGUCUGAAGCAUGUCUUACAUGAAGUCAAACAUUGUGUCGAUGUGUUAGCUAAUUUUGGAAGUAACCAAGAAGAGGACAUAGGCUUUUUAGUUUAUUCUGUUGUACCUUGUGAAAUCGUUUUGUAUCUUAAUUAGAUGCCAUUGCUUAGUUUUUGAACUGAGUGAUCUCGGUUAACAGCUCUGAAGUUCGUUCUACCCAAAAAAAAAAAAAAAUGUUGU